UCACGGCCUCCAUGCACACAGCGGGAAGAAAAUGGCCUGUAACCAGCUGGUGGUCCCACAGGCCGCACACAGCCUCUGUUAGGCCGUGGCCGUGGCCGAGAUGCCGAGCAAAAAAUCAAUGACCGCAUCGCACAGAAUCCAUCCAUGGCCUGGAGAACAGAGUUGGAGGGGGAAAGAUGGCAAAAAGGACGUCCAACGUGCCCAACAGAAGAGGAGACGAAGAGGAGAAUGAGGCGGAUCGUCACGCCAAAUACGAGGCCCCUCGAACGUACAGCACAGCAUCGAGACAAUGGCGGGAGGGCGAAAAGCGCCACAGCAUCGGGAAAGUGGUCGAUUUUCUUUUUUUGUAUCAAAAUAUGGAUCAAUUGCUUUUUUGCUUUUUCGAUUGGGGUCAGCGCCUCCAAGGGGCACGGCUUUCUUAUUCCUGCGGCUGGACAUCGUUGCGCCACGCAAUUAAACAAUUACAAUGCGGCGCUUCCACAGGGGAAAAAGGCGUUGCAGUUCUUCAACUGCAGACGUACGAGGCACAAAGCACAAAAAGUCAUAUGGCCGUGGAUAUGUUGAGAUACAACUGCAAAAUGAAGCUUCAUGCAGCACACACGCCCUUGUUUCUCCAAUGUUUACAUGUACGAGUACCCAAGAAGUGAGGUCACCCAAGCACAAGCAAUGCAAUGCUCGGGUGGGGCCCUCAGACAAGCCCGGGUUUGCCUCCAUCCCUUCUCUCAUGCUACUGUAACUCGUACUGCACACUAGGAGAUUUCCACCGGACGGUACAUGGCCCGUACUGUGCGGGAAAAAAACACGCCGGCGAUGCUUUUGAGCGAUUGGGUCUCCUUGAACUCUCUGCCUGGCUGCUACGCGCCUGGGCCUUUUUUGCUUGGCCAUCGGGUGCAAGUAUUAAAGGGAGAUUGUCCUGCUCCCCGGCGCGGAGGCUUCUUCUU